UUUAAAGGGUUAACGGGUUUUCCUAUGAUAAAACUCCAAGACGGCACAAAUUUGAAUUGAAAUGUUUGUGCAAAUAACAAAAUCUACAGUAGGUUAAAACAGGUAUUCAAUGGAUUUGAGUUAUGGGUAGCAACCUAUUUGUCCUACAAAAACCUUGUUGACCUGGUUGAAAGAUAGGAAUACAAUGAGAAACAUUUCUACUGAAUUUCUGAUGCUGAACCUGCCUGUAAUAAACCCACUGGACUGCCAUUAUCCUUGGUGAUGGAUAUGAGGACACAUUAUCAUGUUAUGCAAGCAAACAUCUUGGGAAUAAUUUGUGAAGACUGAGUACCCCAAGGCAUGAGAGCGUCCAUGAAAUAAUUGGAUUAGGAAAUAAUUCCGCCGCUCCCAGGAAUAAAACUUCGGACCUUUAUCGUUAUGGCUCCAGACACGACGGACACCAUGUCGUUGCAUGAAUGGUAUAAAUCAGUUAAAGCUACAGGGGACCAGGUCCCUAAAGAGUCUGGUCCCAUGAACCAGCAUUUGGAGGUGGCUACAGCGACGACAGAGCAAGAAGACAUCCCACUGCUCUACGUCAUCAUCAUCCUUGUCAGUGUCAGCAUCCUCGUGUGCGGUAUUGUUAUCUACUGUACCUGGCGAUGCUGGAGAGCCAAAUGGAAGGACCACUCGUCUGUGAGCACCCCGGACAAAACACCGCCAGGAGUUGAGGUUACAAAUCUGAAAAUAAGUCAAAGUGUGCCUGAUCUGUCAGGAGAAAACGUACCACCGAAGCCAAAAAUGGGCAUUCUGAGUCCGUUUCGAUUCUCAAAGGUUGUUCCUCGGCAGACGACAUUACCAACAGUCCCACAGCGCCAUCUAUCAUUUCAACGACAACUCUCACAUAAGUUGGAUUUAUCAAAUGUCGAAUUUUCUGUUCAGAAAGUGAAAUCUAAAGGACAACCAGAUUUGGGGUCAUUGAAACCUGAACUGUACAGACAAUACUCUGAGCAGAGACGCCAGUCGCAUUUAUAUACUAAAAUCUGUGGUAGAUUGUACUUUUCUCUAUUUUACGAACACCAUAUCGAGAGUCUUGUCGUCCACAUCAUAAAAGCAGAGGACCUACCGGCGAAAGACUUUUCUGGGACGUCAGACCCUUAUGUGAAAGUUUAUCUACUGCCAGACAGAAAAACAAAAUUCCAAACAAAAGUUCAUCGAAAGACAUUGUCACCUGAAUUUGAAGAGAUUUAUAAUUUUAGUGUUCCGUAUAAUGAUCUACCAAAUCGAAUGUUACAGUUUAGUUUGUACGAUUUCGAUCGGUUUUCCCGCCAUGAUCUCAUUGGUUUAGUCCUUGUCAAGGAUUUGCUGACUGACACCGACUUGUCGCAGGAGACUGAUUACUGCAGGGAGGUUCUCUGUACACACCAGGAAAAGGUUGACUUGGGUGAGAUGAUGCUAUCACUGUGUUAUCUGCCGACGGCGGGCCGUUUAACUGUCGUCAUAAUAAAAGCCAGGAAUCUGAAGGCGAUGGACAUCACAGGCUCUUCUGACCCAUAUGUGAAAGUAUCAUUGAUGUGCCAGGGGAAGCGAAUAAAAAAACGAAAGACAUCUGUGAAAAAGAACACUUUAAAUCCCGUCUACAAUGAGGCGUUGGUUUUUGAUGUGCCUCAAGAUAAUGUGGAGGACAUUGCACUCAUGAUUAAAGUCAUCGAUUACGACAGGGUUGGUAGCAACGAACUGAUGGGUUGUGUGGCUGUUGGUCCCCUUUUCUUCGGCAUCGGUCGGGACCAUUGGUUUGAGAUGUUGGAGAAUCCAAGGAAGCCUGUGGCAGAGUGGUACCCGCUGUUGGAGUCCUUCCUAGGGCUGCAGAGUCGUGGGUCUGUGUCGACUAGUACUGCACCUCCUUACAGUCGAGGCAAGGUAAAGGGCUGUCUGUCUUGAGGGGACAAGUCCAAGACGUCAUAAUGGAUUAAUACCACUUUGAGAUUUAUUCUCGAUGGAGACAGAUUGUGAUCAAGGAUGUUUUUCAGAGAUGCCAUUUCUGAUGUAUUCAUAAUAUAGAUUUCAUGACAUCUUUCUUGGUGAUAGCGAAUUUCCAUAUGUUGCUCUACUAUACUAAUAGUAGGAAUUUAUGUAAUUUAUCUGAAAUUCGGAAGGUUCUCUGAACACUUGGUUAAUUUAAGAAUUGUGAUAUUAAUCACCACCCAAACGAGGGAGAGUCAACCUUGAGUGAGAACUGCCCUGCCCUCUGGAGAAAAUGUUAUAAACUAAUAAUACCCGCAUGAGGGAGAUCCCCACUUCAGUAAUUUGAACAAGGGAUAUUUUAUCCUGAAUGUACUUCAACAGGGCAGUCAGGUUGAUUAAGGUCUCACUGAAGAAGGAGUUCUCGGCUGAACCUUGUGAUAUUUGGACAUGUUUAUUAACACAGGAUUAGUUACUUCUUUUUCAUUAUCGAAGAUUUAAUCAUCAUCAUAUCGAUUUUAUUCAUGUUUGUUAUUGUUGUCUUUUAAAGUAUAUUUUUCUAAAUAUAUUAGCUGUUGUUUACUAGCCUAUAGUGCAUAUGGUGUACCAGUCGGCAAAAUUCUACAUGAUUGAAGAUAUGGUGAUAGUGAGUCAAAUUGACACACCACAUGAUGCCAAAUUUACAUCACCAAAUGAUGUCAAGUACAAGACCAAAUGCUGUCAAUUAGUGACGUCUUAAGUGGUUGCUCAUAUGAACUGCGAAAAGAGGAUUGAAACCUGAGUUGGCACAUUAUGACUUAUUAUCCAUCCUUGAUUUAGAGAUCCACAUAUUGUGUAAUACUGCAGACAUUCGACUUCAGUCAGAUGUGCAUUGAAGUCAAAUGUGCAUGACACAUGUAUUUCUCAUUGUCAUUGAGAAUAAGUUAUAAUGUUGUUGGAUGAAGAAAUCAAUUGUUGUUUUACAUCAAAGACAAGGAAUAUCAAAGUCUAUGAGAUGUUUAAUGUAGAUGAUGUUGUAAAAUAUUUAUUGAAAAAAUUAUAAGAGAAUUGUUUAUAGUUAAUAAAUUGAUGUCGUGAUAUUAUGAGAAAUCUGGGGCAAUGAAUUGACAGGAUCAAAGCCUUUAGGAAAAUGGCUGACUGGAGUGGGAUGACAUUUUACAAUGGUUACAUGUACAGGAGUCUGAAGCUGACAGAAAUGGCCAUCAUUAUUAUAUUUCUCAAUUUAUGUAUCAAUGUAAUUUUUCACUCUCGUGUCAUAUCAUGUCAUGUCAUGUCGAGUUUUUUUUAUAAGCCUAAACCAAUUCACAAACAUGAUUGUGACAGGUGACAUGUGAACUGUGACUUGAGGAAUAAAAAUGUAAACUUGGAUGAAGGAAAAGCUUUUUAAUAUUUUGUUAGUUUAAUCACCUCAUCUUUCUCAUUGUUCUAGCUUGAACUUAUCAGAGACUAUGGAAAGGAUCGAAGCAGUUGCUCUAAUAUAUUGCUAUCAUCUAAAAUUGUACAUGUUAUCAUUAUUACUGGCAAAUGAAUUGUAUUAUACACAGAUCAUACUGUUUAUUUUCAUCUUGAAAAAUGUUGUGUGAUGCAAAAGUGAUAAAUAAACCAAAAUGAUUUUACAUGAAUUGUGUUUUUGUUAUGUUAUACCGCAGUAUUUAUUGUCCUCGAUUGAAUGAAGCUG